AGUGGUUACCAGAUAGGCUUAAAACAAAAAUAUCGGCUUUACCAAAAAGUUUUGCAAUUUUUUUGGUUAAUUUCUCAACUAAAAAUUUUGUUUUCUCAAAAUUAUCUGACAUUUAGAUAUUAUAAUGCAAAGGUAACUGAAAAUUUAAGUGAAAAAAUAAAUGCCAGAUAUAACAGAACAUGUUGCCCAAAAUUAAAUAGAUGACAGUACCCAUUAAUAAAAUUGUACAUAUAUUUAGUGUCUGUUACCUGUAGCAACAUACAACUCUGUAGAGACAAACAGCUGAUAUUGUGAUAACAAGUUGAAAAGAUAAUUUAGAAUUAUAAUCCAAAUAUUUUGUGAUAAGUAAUCAGCAUGUUCAUUAAAACCUUAAUUCAACCCACACGCUACGCGUUUUCAAAUUUAUCGAAAACCUUCCAACUAACACGUAAAAUGAGCGUUCUAGUAAAGUCACUGAAGUAUUCCAAGCAUGGCGAACCGGUUGAGGUAAUGGAAAUUGUAGAGGGCCAACUACAGGAUCCAAAAGAUAAUGAAGUAUUGGUUAAAGUAUUAGCAGCACCUAUUAAUCCGGCUGACAUAAAUACCAUACAAGGUAAAUAUCCGGUAAAACCAAAGUUCCCUGCCGUUGGCGGUAAUGAGUGUGUUGCAGAAAUUAUUGCCAUUGGUAAAAAUGUGUCGAAACUAACCACUGGUCAACAUGUUAUACCUUUUGCCACUGGAUUGGGUACAUGGACCACGCAUGCUAUUUUUGCCGAAGAACAACUAAUGCCUGUUUCAUCAAAAAUUGGUCUUGCUGAAGCAGCCACCCUUACUGUUAAUCCUUGCACAGCAUAUCGUAUGUUAAAAGAUUUUAUAACUUUACAACCAGGUGAUUGUGUUAUACAGAACGGUGCGAAUAGUGCUGUAGGUCAAGCUGUUCAUCAAUUGUGUAAGGCAUGGAAUAUAAAAUCCGUUGGUAUUGUACGUGAUCGCCCAGAUGUAGCGUCUUUAAAAGAAUAUUUAAAAUCCCAAGGUGCUACCGAAGUAUUAACAGAAGAAGAAAUACGUUCUAGUACGCUCUUUAAAGAAAAUCAUUUACCACGGCCACGCUUAGCUUUAAAUUGUGUUGGCGGUAAGAGUGCAACUGAAGUGUCACGUCAUUUGGCUGACAAGGGUGUAAUGGUUACUUAUGGUGGAAUGUCACGAGAACCAGUAAUUGCCGGUACAGCUGCGCUCAUUUUCAAGGAUAUAUCCUAUCGAGGCUUCUGGAUGACACGUUGGACUAAAGAAAACUCUGAAUCACCCGAACGUACACAAAUGUUUACAGAAUUGUGUGAACUGAUCGAACAAGGCAAGUUCGUGGCACCAGUUCAUGAGAUGGUACCGUUGCAAAAAUUUAGGGAUGCCAUGGCAGCCGCUCUGGAUUUCAAAGGAUUCGCUGGAAAGAAGUUUAUAUUAGAUAUGCAAAACUGAUAUACUGUUAUAUAUUUCUUAUAACUAUAUUUGUUAUACAAGGCUUCUAAAGCAUGCUUAAUUUUGUUAAAAAUUCUAACUUGUGAAAAAAAAAUGUUAGCAUUUAAAAUGUUUGUCGUAUGUUUCGAUGCUUAAUGUAAACAUUCUUUGUACAAAAAAUUUUGUUUCGAAACCGAAAUUUCUGCCUUUAGGCCCGUUAGAACAGCUUUUUAUUGUGAUUCGUUACCGGGGAUAACACAUAUGAAGAAAAUAAAUAAACACAAAAUCAAUAUAUAUUAUUUUUUAAUGAAA